AUGCAAGGAGUCUCGAGAGAGCGGAAGAAGCCGUGCAGCUGGAUCCGGGGAUGUUCUCCGGGGAAGAGCGAAGCCCCGCCCCCCGCCUGCGAUCGGUCGGCUGCCGCUUCUCCUCCGCUCCCAUUGGUGGAUUCCGGAUCCUCGCCGCGCCUGGAGCGGCUCCUCCGGGGGAAACGCUUCCUAUUCACCGUGAACGGAGCCCCGUAUAGGACCGCUCGUGAGCUCGUCUUCGUCCUUCGUCAUGCCCUGCCCGCAUCCUGUCACCCGCGCAUCGAGCGUCCGCAUCCCAAAUAUUUUCGACUCUCGAAUCGGGAAAUCGAAAUGCCAAUUUUUCAUCGCAGUGUCAAUUUUAAUCCGCUGGAUCCGGCGACCCGUCGGACGCAGAUCCGCGAGCGAUCCACCUGUCGGAAUUCCUGCCGUUCGUCUGACAACGAGUCCAGGUCUCGCAUGCCUCACACCGGCCAGGCGGGGAUCAACCAGCUGGGCGGGGUGUUCGUGAACGGACGCCCCCUACCGGACUGCGUUCGCCGGAGGAUCGUGGAGAUGGCGCUGAUGGGGGUGCGACCGUGCGACAUCUCGCGGCAGCUCCUGGUGUCGCACGGAUGCGUGUCGAAGAUCCUCACGAGGUUCUACGAGACGGGGUCGAUCAAGCCGGGGUCCAACACGGGGUCGAAGCCGAAGACCGGAAUUUCACCGGGAACGAGCUGCGGCGCAUCGCGACGAGGCCACGGAAGGAACACCGGAAGCGGAGGGCAUUUCCUCAACUCCUUCCCCAUCCAGGACCCCGCGACCAUUUCUUCCAUGGCCGUCCUCAACCAGGUCUUCCAGUACGCGUAUCUCCCGGUCGGACCAGACGAGACUCCUCAACUCCCGUCGUGUUCGUACUUCCCGGUCUAUUGGAAUCCUCGACUGGGAUCCGAGUCGGGCGCGGCGCCGGGAUCGGAACGCGGACCCAGCCGCCCCGCGUGGAUGGGCGCGACAUCUGUGAUGGAAAACGAGAAGCGUGAGUCUCCAUCCCGAAGCACAGAAGGCACCCAAGGCCCCGACCUCCCCGCCUCCGAAUCCGAAUCCGAAUCCACGGAUUCCGCGUCGGACACGACCGAGCGCUGGCGGCGACUCUUCUCCGUCGAUGCCAUUCUCAAGCCCCGAAGAAGAAAAAGAAGAAAUUCGAAUCUCCCGCCUCGACGACCCUGCGAUUGACUCAUUUUGACUCAUUUUCUCCUUUGACGUUAGGCGCCACC